GUUUCCGUCUUGCGCCUCGUCGUCACACCGAAGAAGUCGAAGGCCACUCGGGGGGAAAAAAAACAACACAUUCGUACCGUUCAGCGGAGGACUCUUAAACCAAACAUUCUGCGAGAUUUCCACGGCUUUUCCCGCGCCAACGGACGUUUGAAAGGUGUCGCUCCGAGGUGAAGAAUGAAGUAGCCGCGUUGCAACCGAUAAAAGGUGUUUUUUUUCCCUUUCUUAACCAAGCUAGCGUUAGCCGCGGUUGUUAGUGGGGGAAGCUGCUAUGGUCCUGGCCGGGCUAGGCGGAUGUUUCCGGGACAACUUGAGCUAAAACCAACGCCACAAAUGGGAACAUCCAGCAUCGGCUGAAAACACCGUGGCGUUGAAUAAAGCCUCCGUUCAGACUUUAAGGACAUUUCGACGCGGGAUUCUUUGGACACCUGGAGACUCGCUGGUGUUUUUCAUUUUGGAUUUUAUCCUGCUGAUAUUCUCCCACAGCCAUGGAAUCGACGGUUGAUGACGAUGCAAUGGCAGCGUGAAUGAAGCUUGGCGUGGGGAGAGCUGAACGAUGCCCAAAGGUGGGGGUUCUAAAACCCCCCAGCUGGACCACUUCCCACUUAACACCGACAUGGUGGAAAAGCAGGGUGGGAAAAAGGAAAAAGUGUUGUCAAACAAGACUCCCAAAUUGGAUCGCAGUGAUGGGGUCAAGGAGAUGAAAGAAAAGGCCUCUAAGAGGAAACUGCCAUUCACAACUGGAGCAAAUGGAGACCAGAAAGAUUCUGACUCAGAGAAACCAGGUCCAGAACGGAAGCGCAUUAAAAAGGAGCCCACAAACACCCGGAAGGCAGGCUUGCCGUUUGGAAUGGGGAUGCCAGGGAUCCGGGCCGGGUACCCCCUCUCGGAGCGGCAGCAGGUGGCCUUGCUCAUGCAAAUGACUGCUGAGGAGUCCGUCAACAGUCCAGACACAACACCAAAGCACCAGUCACAGUCCAGUUUGGGUCAGAAGGGAACGCCAAACUCUGCAUCUAAAACCAAAGACAAAGUGAAUAAACGAAACGAGAGAGGAGAAACCAGAUUGCACAGGUCGGCAAUACGGGGAGAGGUACGCCGCAUCAAGGAGCUCAUCAGCGAGGGAGCUGAUGUGAAUGUAAAAGACUUUGCAGGCUGGACUGCAUUGCAUGAGGCGUGCAACAGGGGGUACUAUGAUGUGGCCAAGCAGCUGCUGGCAGCCGGAGCAGAGGUCAACACCAAGGGUCUGGAUGACGACACCCCGCUCCACGACGCGUCCAACAAUGGACACUUCAAGGUGGUGAAGCUACUUUUACGGUAUGGGGGGGACCCACGUCAAAGCAACAGAAGAGGGGAAACGCCUUUGAAUGUUGCCAACUCUCCAACUAUGCUGAAUUUGUUGCUGGGGAAGGGCACAUACACCUCAAGUGAAGAGAGCUCGUCAGAAUCUUCAGAAGAGGAAGACGCUCCCUCGUUCGCCCCAUCCAGCUCUGUUGAUGGCAAUAACACAGACUCAGAGUUUGAGAAGGGUUUGAAGUUAAAAGGGAAAACAAUAGACCCUCCUAAAUGCGCUGUCACACCCGUCAAAGAUGAAUACGAAUUUGACGAGGAUGACGAGGAGGAGCGAGUCCCGCCCGUGGACGAUAAGCACCUCUUGAAAAAAGACUUCCGUAAGGAAACGGUCCCCAAGGCCAACAGCUUAAUCGCCAUACCCAAGAUGGAGGUUAAAACCUAUUCCAAAAGCAACUCGCUCACACCAAAGAAAACCAUCAGGCGCAUCAUCUCGGACAGUAACAGUUCAGAUGAGGAUGACAGGACGCUGUGUUUCACGCCGGCGCCUACCCCACGACAACAGGUCUUACAAACAAAUACCAAGACGAGAGACUCUGGAACUCUGAGCUCCAAACAACUAAAAGACAAGAACAAGGUAAAAAAGAAGAGAAAGAAGGAGAACAAAAACAACGUUAGCAAAGAAGUCCGGUUUGGUAAAGUCAACGACAAAUUUUGCACGUCUGACUCUGAUUGUGGCGAUAUGGAGAGUGAAGACGAUAAAGGCACAAACAGCAUAAAGGACUCUUCUAUGAAUAUGAAAGAACCCACUGGCUUCAGUGUGUCGUCGUCGUCCUCGCAUGGAAACCUGAACUCUCAAAAACCAGCACCGUCGUUAGCGGAACAGCACCCAAAGCAGUGGCGGACAGACGGCUGGAAAACUGUGUCGUCUCCAACGUGGUCUGACGUUAGUUCUCUCUCGGAUUCCGUAAGAACAAGACCUUCCAGCGAGUCUGACUACUCCUCUGCCGACUCCAGUGUUGAGUCAAUAAAGCAAAUUAAGAGGAAAGGACCAGAGAGUAAAAAGAAGAACAACAACGUACACAGUAAUGCAGUGGACAAGAAAAAUUCCGACCUCUACAAAAAUGCAGACAGUACGGCUUCCAAAACGGAUGUAGAUGGUAAAGUGGUCAAGAAGCAUAAAGUGAAGCACAAGCACAAAAGCAAAGAAAAGGAUAAAGCGCCGAGUCUCGUGCUUAAUCAAGACAUGAAUGAGAAAUUUGUCAAAAGUUACUCUUUUGAUUUUGAUGACUCGAGGCAAAAGUCUGUAAUUGUGGAUUCAGAAUCAGCAGCUGAAGGCAAGAUCAAGUUAUCAAAACAUGAAAAAGACCAUUCAAAAAAGGAAGAAAGGCUCUCGAAAAACAAGUCAGAAGAAAAAGAGUGGUUGUUGGGCAAAGACGUGCACAGAACAGUCGAAAAAGAGAAAAAUAAGAAAAUCAAGGACGCCACCAAGGACAAGACCAACAAAGACGAGCGAGAAAAACCUUUGAAAUCUGAAAAAGAUCGAAAUCUCAAGGAAAAGCCCAAGGAGGAUAAACUAAAAGUUCAUAAAGAGGAAAAAAAGAAAAAGUCUAAGGAGAAAUCAAAGGCCGAUAAAAAAGGUGAGCAGAAAGAGGAGAAACAUCUCAAAGUUGACAAGGAGAAGACCACCAAGGAGGAGAAAUUUAAAAAGGACAAACUUCAGAAGGACGAGUCAGAUUACGAGAGCUAUGACGUCAACAACCGUUUCCUAAACCUGGAUGACACCAAGCUCAGCGCCUCGGAUGACCACCAUGACAGGUGGGGCUCUGAGAUGUCCUCAGACUCUUCCCUCUCUGGAGAAGACAGCUGGGAUGCUCCUGUCAAAGAGUACAAAGAAUACAAAGCCAAUAAUUCCGUGAAACUCAUUGUUGAAACUGUCAAGGAAGAGACGCGCAGGAAAGACAACAAGGUGAAAGACAAGAAAUCUGAUCAUAGUGAGAAAAGACCAGAGAAAGAUGUCACGUCAAAAAAGAAAGACAAAGAUUCUUCAGAAAAGAAGAAGGACUGGUCAGAUAAACAAAAAUUAAACUCCGGUCAUACAAUUGAAAAAGAAAAGAAGCGGAAAGAAUCCACAGAAAUAGUUAAAGACAAAAAAGAAAAGGAUCCUCUGGAGAACAGCCGAGACCGCAAAGACUCCUAUGACUUCACCAAGGAAAGGAAAGACAUCAAAAUCAAGCAAGAGUCAAUUCGAGAGGAAUACGGAAAUGACACUUUCUUUAAAGACAUGGACCCCGUUGGCAAACCUUGUGACAUCCGAGAAAGAAACCAUUCUGGUAAGGAGAAGGAAAAGAAGCUCGAGGCAAUGGAAAAACGUGAGAAAACUAAAGCAGAGAAGCACAAAGUAAAAGACAGAGGUGCAGAUCAGGAAAAGGACAAGAAUGACAAAAACUCUGCAGAAAAGACUGUCAAGGAAAAGGACAUUGAUCGGACGGCCAAAGACAAAAAGGAGGGAGCAAAAGACAAGCACAAAGAAUCUCAUGGCAAAGAUCGGAAGAUGUCAUCAGAACAGACCAAGGAAAAGAAAGACAAAGUGUCCCUGGACAAACAUACCGACAGAGAGAAGGAUUUCAUCGAGGUGAAGAAAGCCGAGAAAAUACGAGAGAAAACAUGGUUCAAGAUAGCUGACAUUUUUACCGAUGAAAGUGAUGACGAGGACAGUUACAAUGGCGGUGUUUCUCUCAUGGCUGACUCCAUCAGAAAGGACUCAACACCUGAUCUCGAUGAGCUGGAUCACUUCCCAUCAGAAAAAAUUAGGAAAAUGUCCUCGGAGUCUAAACAUAAUGCCGAGAAGUCCAAAGACAAAGACCAUAAAGAGAAAAAGAAAGAGAAAGGCUCUUUUGACAUGGGCAAAGAGCGGAAAGGCUCCCUAGAGAAACACAACAAAGACAAAAAAGAUUCUGUUGACAUCAAACACAAGGACAGAAAAGACAGGAUGUCAGUAGACUCAAACCAAGAGAAGAAAAAUAAGCAGAAGAUGUUGGACAAAAGAGAUAACAGCGAGGAGAAACCGAAAAGUAAAUACAAAGACAAGAUGGAUAAUUCCAAGGAACGAAAACCAUCAAAAGGCAGUUUUGAGAAUGAAAAAUCCCUCCUGGAAAAAUUGGAAGAAGAAGCGAUGAACGAUUACAAGGAUGAUUCCAAUGACAAGAACAGUGAACUUUCGUCUGAUAGUUUCACUGACAGGGGUCAUGAACCCAUCCUCACAAACUACUAUGACUCAAUCAGCCUUACAGAUGUCCCUGAAGACAGGAGGGACUCUCUUUCUAUAGUCACACCUCAGGAUAAAUUCAGAGAAAAAGAAAGACAUCGGCAUUCCUCAUCGUCUUCUUCCAAAAAAAGCCACGACAAGGAUAAAGAAAAGGUCAAGAAGGACAAAGGAGACAAACGUGACAAAACAGAGGAAAUCAGAGACCUGUACGGUCGGAGGGAAAGCUUACCUUUUGACAAAGAGCCAAUGCCCUUAGAGGCUGAUCCUUAUACAUUCCCAUACGGCGGCAAAGGAGAUGGCGAAGAUGAUUUUGAUAAAACAUUGGAAUUCGAAAAAGAGAUGUCCAAAAAGGACAAAGCAACUAGUGUCAUCAGUGAUCGAAUGAAGGACAAAAAGAAGAAGGAGAAACAUAAAAUCAAGGAGGAAAGGAACAAGCAUAUUGAUGGCUUUGGUACAUCGAAGCACUCCAAAGAAGACAUAAAGUUGGGAUUAAAAGAUAGCCCGCAGAUCACCGUUCUAAAAGACAGAUCAAAAGAAGAGAGCCCUAAAUCGGAUAUUAAAAAAGAGAGGAACCGAGACAUACUGGAGAAAGACAACAGAUUAGACCACAAUAAAUCAAAGACUAAAGAUGAAAAUGAAAAGCUCAAUCUGUCCAAAGACGCAGGACGCAAAGAUAAUCGCCCACGUGAAAAACUCCUGGUGGAUGGUGAUUAUCAAAUGACCAGUUUUGGUCAGAUGCUGAGUUCAAAAGAUCAGGAAAUUGAAGAGCGUCACAAGAGACAUAAAGAAAGAAUGAAACAAAUGGAGAAACUGAGACCCAAGUCCGGAGACCCUAAACUCAAGGACAAAACCAAAUCCACGGAAGAAAUGCGCAAGAACCGCGCAGAGCUUUCCUCAAAGAAAUCAAGCGGUCUGGAGUCCGGUCUCAAAGAGAAGAAGCUGAAGGACGUAGGUCAACCAGAUCAAAUGAUGUCCCCGAGUAGGAAGUUCCAACCAUCAUUAGAAAGUCAGAAUUCAAAAGACUGGCUGGCAGGCCAUCAAGUCAAAGAGAACCUCCCGGCUUCUCCCAGGUCAGAACAGAAUAGGCCGACUGGUGUCCCCACACCAACGUCUGUCAUCUCCUGCCCCAGUUACGAGGAAGUAAUGCAGACUCCACGGACCCCAUCUUGUAGUGCAGAAGAUUACCCUGAUAUCAUGCUCGAUGGACUGGACUGCCAGAACUCCUCAGCUAUGACUAUGUCCAUGAACGCUUGCUCACCGUCUUUCUUUGAAAGCAGGUACUCCCAGAGUUUUCAGGAAGGCACGUGUCCUACCCCUGCAAAGAACCUCCAGUUGCCACUUAUUGGGCGUUCUGCGACCUCUGAUGUACGCAGGCCUCUGGAAGAUGAGUUCAAAGCGGAGGCUGACAAGUUUCUUCGGCAGCAUUGUGAUCCAUCAGCUGAAUUCCAGCCUAUUGCUGCUACACUAAGUCUAGAAGAUAAAUCUAUAAACCGUCUGGAAAGCUUGUCCUCGCCCUUUUUCUCUCCAAUUAGGUUGUUGUCACCCCGACAGGAACUAAGUCACCCGGUCUCAGAUAUGGCAACACCGACUCUCCCUUGCAUUGAAAGCAAUGAUCAUCUUCCUGAUAGUGUUUACAACAGUUUUUUGCCCAAACCAUCUACACCGGUUCACAGGCCAGAUCCGCAGGAGCCUUGCUUCGACAUUGCCGCACCACCAACGCCAGCUCCUGCCGCAUUGCCACCACUUGACAUAGACGACAUAGCUGAACCCCAUCACAGUGAACCUAACCUAGUCCUCUCAGAUCUCCCCUCUGUUGCAGAGGAAAGGGAUGAAGAAGAUGAAGAGGAAGAUGAGGGUGAAUACCUUGAUUUAGAUGAAAGAACUGAUGAAGAUCAUUGUGCUGGAGAUGAGACAGAGCAAACACAGGAAAUAUGUUCAUUUUCCACUCAAGUUGAGGACCCUUUGAGAAAGAGCUGGCAUGCUGAGUCUCCAGAUCGGCAAGAUCCUGAGGUCCACCAACUGACUCCAUCACAUCCCGAACCCAGCCUUGGAGAAAACUGUUAUGACCAAAGCAUGAGUUGGACUGCUGACGUGGACCUUAAAUCUCCACACCGGACAUAUGGCGAGAUAGAGGCUGCCGUCUCCAAAAUAACUAGUCCUUAUUCUCAUUCAGACAAUGAUAUGCAGCACUUGCCCGGACACCCGUCUGGAACUCCUCCUUAUGCAACCUGGAAUAGGUGGCACAAGGAAGAAGACCCUGAGGAUUUUGAUGAGCAGAAGGAGGCUGUGGCUGACAUUCCAUCUCCGGAGAGGCCAGAUACUGCUCUGGAUGAAGAACCCAGUUAUUUAAACACGUCUUCAUCCUCUACUAGACUGGAGUCUUUUUUCCAGGACUGUAACAAACCUAAUAUGGAGGUUAAUAACCAGAUGGACACAGAGGUCGCAUGUGAAGAACCUGAUGGCAGACACAGCACACAUACUUUUGGUGCUACCACUGUCGGUCACAUGACACCUGCGGUUGGUCCUGAGCCAGUUGUGCCAUGGGCAGACCCAUUCUCCACUGAGGCAGAUGAGCUAGAUGACCUGGGACCAUUCUCUUUGCCUGACCUCCCAAUCCCAGAGAAAUCAGAAGAAGCCGAGCAUAGAGACACUGAGUUUUCUGACCUUACCAAAAACGCACCAUCCCACAUUAGACAUACGAUUGCAGAUAUUGAGGAUCCGGACUUGAUAGAGGUGGACCCUUUUAGUCUUGCAAAAACAUGUCCUUCUGAAGACCAAAUGCUGUUGGAACCUACUGGACAAGACUUGGUUGUACCGUCAUCACACACCAACUUCCAGCAAGAGUUAGACUCUGAGCCUCAGAGUGUUCCUGUCAAUAGCCCGUUGGCUUUUACGCAACAGAGCCUCAUGUUGGACAAUAAGAGAGCAUAUGGAGUACCUGAUGAGUCUGAUCCCACUAUAUUGUAUACAUCCUUGAAAUCAGAGACCAACCAGCUACAUCACUUACAGAUUCACUCCAUAGCUGAGUCUUUACAGUUGGCACCAGACCAUAUGCCUCUUGAGAAGUCAGAGGUGAGACAAGAGGACACAACUGAGCUCAUAGCAGAGUCAAUAUCAUCCAGUCCUGUACCUCUGAUCCCUGUAGCUGAUGCCCUCCCCAGUUCAGUGGAACCUUCAGAGCCUCCAGAGAUGACACCCAAGCCGACCCCAGUUCCCCAGAGCGCAGUGUCCACAGAUAAUCCCAAAAAGGUUGAUGAAAUCCCUCAGAGGAUAACGCGGAAUCGGGCCAAAAACAAUCCCUCUGUUGUGGUUACUUCCUCAAUCAUAACGUCAACAAAUUCCCCGCCUGUAACCAUUAAUCCAACUGUGAGCAUUCAUGCAAUUCCUACCAGAAUACCAACUCCCACGUCAGUGUCGGCCUUUUCAACGCCGAAGAAGGACAAAGACUCUUUGCUGAUCGUCUCGUCUACUGCGCCCAAUCCAACGACGACUUUAUCUGUACAGAGUUCUGUCACCACAUCUCCUACAGUGGUUCUAAGCAAAUCAACUAAAGGCCGUCCUUUUCCUGCAGAUGAAGAUGAUUCUCAGACACAGCUCCCACGUAAAAGGAAGUUUCCUCGUUCGACCGGGCAGCAGGUGCAAGUCCAGCUGGUGAACACGGCCAUGCAGCAGACCAGGGAAAUGAUUCAGCAGACUUUGGCUGUGGUAGUCAAUGCCAUCAAGUUGGAUGACAUUGAGCCUUACCACAGCGACCGUUCCAAUCCUUACUUUGAGUAUCUACAGAUAAGGAAGAAGAUCGAGGAAAAGCGGAAAAUCCUGUGCUACAUAACCCCGCAGGCCCCACAGUGCUAUGCUGAGUACGUGACCUACACGGGCUCCUAUCUGCUGGACGGGAAGCCCCUUAGCAAGCUUCACAUACCAGUGAUUGCUCCACCGCCAUCAUUGUCAGAACCCCUGAAAGAGCUCUUCAGACAACAGGAGGCAGUGAGAGGAAAGCUCCGGUUGCAGCACAGCAUAGAGCGGGAGAAGCUCAUUGUCUCAUGUGAGCAGGAAGUGUUAAGAGUCCACUGCAGAGCUGCAAGGACAAUAGCCAACCAGGCUGUGCCAUUUAGUGCCUGCACCAUGCUUUUGGACUCUGAAGUCUACAAUAUGCCAUCAGAGAGCCAGGGUGAUGAGAACAAAUCGGUGAGAGAUCGCUUCAACGCGCGACAAUUCAUCUCCUGGAUCCAGGAUGUAGAUGAUAAAUACGACCGAAUGAAGACAUGUCUACUGAUGCGGCAGCAGCACGAGGCGGCGGCCCUCAACGCGGUACAAAGGAUGGAGUGGCAGUUGAAGGUCCAGGAACUGGAACCCGCCGGACAUAAGUCCCUUUGUGUCAACGAAGUGCCGUCCUUCUACGUCCCAAUGGUGGACGUCAACGACGACUUUGUCCUGCUGCCGGCGUGACACCUCUCGGCUCAGCGAUAAAGUGCCAACUUUGUCCCGAUCCCUUCUUCUCAAAGAGAAUUUGUCGGACAGAACAAAACGGAAAGGGCUAGCAAGUUUGAGACGGGCCUUUAGACAGGAAAACAUAGCAAAAGAGUACGGAUUUGAAAAAAGAAAAAAAAACAAAAACCUGCUCUUUGUUCCCUUCCCUGAAGGAGGAGACAUGUUUUUACUGAGAAAAUACUCAACUUGCACUUUCAUCCUCUAAAGUUUUUACUCCUUUUUUGAUCCAAAGCAAAAAAACAAACAAAAAAAAAGUUUUUGCUUUCAGGCCCACAAACUCCCCCGUGCUCGGAGACGGGGGACAGAGAUAUAUUUUCUGCUUUCAUUUUUUUGGGGGCUUCGCUUCAUACGACUCACCUGGCGGGUGUCAAAGAGGAGCUCUCCCCACGCCAAGGGAGGAUACCCGGAGAUGAACCCCCUCCCACAUGCCCCCCCUGCUGGCUCCAGGUGAGCCGGGAAGUGUCGGGAGUCAGCAAGACCGGAAAAAAAAAACGGCCGCUGGCGGAUGCCAGAACUGCGGCAGGUAAGGCCGACGGCGGCUGCGAGUCCUAGAGGGAGAGACUACUCGGCAGCCCCUCAGCCAGGCAAAACAGAAGGAGGCACGAGGUGGACCCCUGAGGACAGACCGGAGUGUCCUCGGGCCACCUCGCCGUUCCUCCGCCCACGCAUCGGACUCUGCGCCACGGGACAAACGAGACGAAAACAAACAUAAUGAAUGUGGUUUUGACGGGGGAGAGAAAUCUUGUUUUUGUCUAUUUCUUUACUUGGGCAUUUCAUUGUUUCUGAGGAAGUGACUUGAAACACUACAGAGCCAAUAUUAGUUUCAUGGAGAAAAAAAACUCAAAUCAAAAAAACCCGAAAAAAGUUGUAUUCCGUAAAAUGAUGUACAGUUUUUAUAUUCGUUAACAAUGUAUUCUUGCUGCCUUCUAGAUAAUUUAUUUUGCCACACAUUACUGCACAGUUGUAAAUAACCUAUGUACUGUAAUAUCACUCGAGUAAGUGUAAAGAGAAAAAAAACAGAAAAUAAAUAAAAAGUAUCUUUUUAUGUACAGUUCACUUUUGGGCAGCACUUUCCCUCCCUCACACCCGCGGGCCAAACACGUACUCGGUUCUGUCAGUAUUGCGUCAUCACACCUGACUACAGGCCACUUCUGGACUCCACAUGUAGCAGAAAUAGACGAGGAUUAUUUCAACGUUGCUUUACCACACCAUUAUAUCUGACACAUGUCAAACCAAGAAAAUGCCUUUUUAGGGGUGAAAAAAUAAUGUACUCGUUGUCAGGCAAAGUCACAAAGAUAUAUAUAUAUAUAAAUAUAUAUAUAUGUAUAUAUAUAUAUAUGUAUAAAUACGGUUUGAAUGGAAACAUAAGUGAUGUCAUUCAUAAAUACAAGUUCAUGUUUGAAUAUUUUUUGUUCGGUUUUCCCCAAAAAGUGAAAUUUCAUUCCAACUUUGUGUCAUCGCUCCCGUUAGCUCGUUGCACUCGUUACUCCCACAUGGUAGUUAGUGCCGCUGAGGCAGACGACUCCCGAAAUGUGGCCUUUUUCUUUUUUUGUCAAAUUGCUUUUAAUAAUACAAGAGUCCAGUUGCUUUAACAGUUUAAAAAAAAAAAAAAACAAUAUUGUGUUAUUUCCCCUGACACCUGAAAAGUAAACACAAUUCAUUGGCUUUUUACCCGACGCUGAUCGUCCGUAUCGUCCGUACUGUUGUGUCGUUCCGUGUGGUUCGACAGUUUAUAAAGUAACACAACUUCAUAUUUGGACCCACCGCAGCCAGCCUGCUUGUCACCUUCUCCGUUCGUCUCGUUUUCCUUCCACUCGAUUUCUUAAGGUUGUGUUUUGUCUUUUUACCUCGUCGUUUUUUUGGACUCGUCGUCGUCGUCGUUGUUGUUGUUGCCGUGUAUCUUCCUCCUCGGUUGUUUGCUGGCAUGUCAAUCACGUCGCUUAUCGAGCAGAAUGUAAAAACCUUGUCCUGACUAUUGUUUACAAAGACAUCCUCUGUGUUUUCUAGUCCCUCCUUGAUUUCAACCACAAAGGCUUGAAAUGGUGACCUCGGGGUCUUUUUCUCAGCGCCAGCAAUGGACGACAUCAGGUUAAUUCUUCACACACACACACACACACACACACACACACACACACACACACCAGAUGCACAGUAGAGUACUCGGCACCACCCGAGUCAGCAACAUAUUACCUCUACUCCUCACAUUCACUCAUCAUUUGCAUUGUUUUUCUUACAUAAUUGCUAUUUUUCCAUGAAAUAGUUUCACGAUUUCAAGCCUUUUUUUUUUUCUAGUCUAUUUUUUUAAUUCAAACCCAGACUGUAGCUGUUUCUUUGCUUUUUUUUUUUUUAAAUGAAAGAAAAAAAAAGACUAAUACAAAGCAUGGAGAACUACUCUUUAAAGUGAGAAGUAACCUAUUUAUUAUUCUUUCUGUUUUGUUUUUCUUCUGACACCUGUGGUAUGUUCUGGUUGAAGUUUGGUCUCGGCUGUGUAAAUUUCCCUCCUUGUGACGCGUGAAAGAGACAUUCUGUAAAUAGCUGUUGUAAAUAAAACCUCCCAGGACGUUAUUUUUUUUUUAUUUUAUUUUAAUUUUUUGGCACCCACUUUGUACUCGUGUGGAAAAGUUGCGUGGAAAGUCGAGGUUCCAUCGGGAAGUGGCGGCGUGUAACUUUUUUUUUUUUUUUUUUAAAUUGUACAAUGUAGUUUGUGUACAUAUUGUUGGAGCAGCUAAGGGGGCGGGCUUGUCGUCAAUGCUGUCAUAGAAAAUCCACUUUCAGCUGUUCGAGGCGUUCCUGGAGAAAAUUAAAAAAAAAAAAAGACAAAAAAAAAUAGUCAUGCGAGAGAAUGGGUGGGUUAAAAAGACUAAAAGUAAAAAUUCUAAAUUGUUAUUUUCUACCGUUGCAUGUACAGAGAGCGCGAGAACUGCUGUUGUUCCUCAGAGAUUAUGUUCGUUAAUAAAAUUUUGAAAUAUUACAA